AAAUAACUUGUAAAGGUCAGCAUAAAAAAUGCAAAAGAAUAUGUGAUACUAUUUAUUACAACCUGGCUAACUCUUUAAUUAAUACUUUCUAAAUAAAAGAGAAAGAAAGGAAUAUAAAACCAAGAUUAUGAGAACUCGAAAGUGUUAAAAUAAAUAAACGAAAAAAGUUAAAAAAAAGAAGUAAAUAAAAAAGUGCAUACAUAAAUUGAUUAUAUUAAGUGCCAUAUAAGCUUAAAUAUAAGCCAUACACUUUUUUAGAGUCUAACUUAGUGAAAUAAAAACUUUUUCAACUCUUCUUGCAAUGUGGCUGCAAACAUUCAGUAUAGCUGUGUUGGCGUUGUACGCUGCAGCGAGCGCAUCGAAUUUGGACCGUUAUGAAGGCUACAACAAAUACACAGUCUUCCACGAUGGCGAGGAUGUCUUCAACUAUCUUGUCGAUUUACAAACAGAAUCAACGGAACUGGACUUUUGGCUGCUAACACGUAAUAUGUCUGUCGUCACAGUAUCACCCACAGAGCAGUCCACAUUUGAGUCGCGACUAAACGAACUGAAUGCACAAUUUGUGGCCAAACCGCUGAUGGAGGAGAUGUUCGCUUUCAAUGAAACACUCAGCAGCUGCGACGGUUCUGAGUGCGAGCUCAAUCGCCCAAGACGACAAGCGCGCGGUUUCUUCUCGCACUUUCCGCGCUACUCAGAGAUUUUAAAUUAUAUGAGCGCUUUGGCUGCCCGUCAUCCGCAAAAUUGCCGCUACGAAUCACUGGGUCGCUCUUUUGAGGGUCGCCACAUAGCGGCGCUCUCCAUAUCGCUAAAUAGCCGGGUGCGUGAUCGUCGCGUGGCCUAUAUACAGUCGGCGACACACGGACGUGAGUGGAUUACACCACUAACUGUACUUUAUUUGGCCAAUGAAUUGUUGAAUAAUUUACGCGCAUUCCAAAGGGUGUUGCAAGAUGUUGAAAUUUAUUUGGUGCCACUGGUCAAUCCUGAUGGUUAUGAGUACUCCUUCACGAAUGACCGUUUUUGGCGCAAAAAUCGUCAUCGCUAUGGUGGUCGCUCCUGCACGGGUGUGGAUAUUAAUCGUAACUUCCCGAACAACUGGAAUUAUCAUGGCGCCAGUCAAAAUCUUUGCUCUGAAGUCUACUCCGGCACCGGUCCCACAUCGGAGCCAGAGACAGCGGCAGUUGCACGUUAUUUGGAAUACAAUCGUCAUCGCGUGAAACUCAGCUUGGAUGUGCACUCAUUUGGAAAGUUCUUGUUCUAUCCUUACGGUUAUUCGAGGAAUGCUGCUGCUCCCACCCGCAACCUACUGCAUUCGGUUGCUCAACGCGCCGCCAACCAAAUCGCCAAAUACCGUGGCACCCAUUACACCGUCGGCACUUCGGCCAGCAUACUUUACGAGGCUUCUGGCGGUUUGGACGAUUACGCUUAUGGCAAUUUGGGCAUCCCCAUGUCCUUCACGGUCGAGUUACCCGGUGAGAACUUCCAAGUGGCGCCAGCCGAUAUCAUUCACAUUUGCAAGGAGACAUUCGCCGGUUUUAUCGAGUUUAUUCGACACGUUAGUUUGUAUUAGUGCAAAGGAGGGGGGAUUGCUGCUGUAUUCUGCAGUGAAGUUGAAUGUUAAUUACUUAAGUAAAGCAAAUUUUUUUAUGUCUGUGUGUUAAUUAGUAUAUAUUUAAGUAGUAACUUGGUGUACAAUUUAAUUUAAAUGAAAUAAAUGAGAUUUUAUAAAAUAACAAAAACG